CGGCCCGCCGCGGCAGCGGGGAGGAGCGGCGCAGCCCCGCCGUCGCCAUGGCAACGCGACGGCCGCAAACCGCUCCCGGGGCACGCGGCGGAGCCCACCGGCGGGGGAGGGACGCGGAGCGCCGCCUCGCCGGAGAGCUGGACGCCGGGUGACAUCCGCGGAACCGCCGAGAAACGGGACUCUGUAAGAGACCCUGUCACCGCUGACCUGGCCGCCUUGUCACGUCGCUGCUUCUGACCCUCGGCCCAGCCGCGUUCCCCCUGCUCAGGGAGCAGCACCAGGUCCGCGGGAGCACCCUGGACCCCCGGCUGGCAGCGCGCCAUGCCGUUCUUCGGGAGCACCUUCAGCCCAAAGAAGACCCCCCCCAGGAAAUGCGCCUCCCUCUCCAACCUGCACUUGCUGGAUCGAUCGACCCGUGAGAUUGAGCUGGGCCUGGAGUAUGGCACCCCGACCAUGAACCUCACUGGCCAGAGCCUCAAGUUUGAAAAAGGCCAGUGGGUGGCAGAAUCAGGAAGCUUCACGGGGGAUCGCAGGGAAAUGCAGCGUUUGCGCAAACGGAACCAGCAGCUUGAGGAAGAAAACAACCUCCUUCGGCUGAAAGUGGAUAUUCUUCUGGACAUGCUCUCCGAGACCACAGCUGAGUCCCACCUGAUGGAGAAGGAGCUGGAGGAACUGAAGAACCACAGCCGCAGGAGGAAGUGAAGGAGGAGUGGUGGCUGGGUGGUCGGGAGCGAGGAGGCAGCCCUGAGUCUCAGCAGCGGCGUGAGGUCUGGCUCGUGCCUCCUCGACGCGUUGGUGCUGCGUGUAGGUACUUUGUUCCACAGAACCAUGAGUAAACAGAUGCCCCCGGCAUCGUGUGGUGCUGUAGGUACUGUAGCAAGCAAUUACCUUUGCAAAUAUAAUAGGCCCAGGCAUGAUCUCUCAGCAAAGCAUAUUUUAAUAAUGAUUUUGCAAGAUCCAGUGUUCUGCCUAAAGGCAGGCACAUGAAAUGAGGCUAAAAGCCCCUGCUUAUAGCACCCUGCAAAUCCCAGCCACAAAUUCCCUCCCCUGUUCCCCAUUGGUUGGUACUUCAGGGUUUACAGACUACCCGACACCUGCCUCAGUUUACCAGUCUUAUUCAUCUAAUUCUAAGAACCCUCUCCCCUUAUUGAUUUAUUUAAAAUAUGGAUUCCUGGCUCUUUGCUUACCCUUCCCCCAGCUCAACUUUUUAAAUACAGUAAUCCAUUUGCAUUCCAGGAUUAGUUCAAAGAGACUUUGUUUUAUAUUAAGGAUUCAUAGUCUGACGUCUCUCAGUCCUUCCCCCCGAGCUGGGGUCAGGCACCAGGUUCCCAGUUUGGUAAAAACAACACUCCUUUGUUAAACGUUCCUUGCAGGUCCCGUGUAGCAGCUGUUGGGACACCCUGACAUGUCACGUCGUUACGCUGUUCAUUAACACUCGGGUGCUUUCUCAGAGCGCUUUGCUUUGGUUUCCUCACCGUGGCCCAGCGGUUGGUGCCCUCUGAUCUAAGGCAGCCUGACCACAGACAGUGCAGAAGAUCCACCCCCGGGGGGGCCUCUCCCUGCCUGCUGUGCUUAAAACCACAGGGGAACUCCCGACCUCCCCAAAUCAGUCCCCUUGCCGCGGCCCACGGGGGCUUGGACAAGUGUCACCGUCUGCCUUUGGGGAGCAGGAUGCUGGAGUUGCUUGUACUCGAGGAUUUUGCAUACUGUACAUAAAAACUUACAUUGAAAA